AUGUUUGACUAUUUGAUGCGCUUAUUGGAUUCAAGAGCAUCAAGGCUUGGUCCCAUGCAAGCACUUAGGUCAAUUCAUGCUGAUUAUAUUGGUGGCGUUAAUUCUAACUUUAGGAGAUGGUACUUUGCAGCGAGUCUUGAUAUCGAUGACGCCUUUGGAUUGGAUAAUAUUACGAAAAGUGGAAAAGUGAAAGAUUCAAAUGAAGUGGUGGCUACUUUAGAACAAGCCGAAGAACUGUGGUCGUCCAAUAUGCUAACACUUUCUCCUACAGAUUGCACCAUUCAGUUGGCAUUAUUUCUCUUGGUGUGGGGAGAAGCUAAUAACAUUAGAUUUAUGCCCGAGUGCCUUUGUUUCAUCUUCAAGUGUUGCAACGAUUAUUAUUUCUCCAUUGAUCCGGAUGUUCCAGUUGAACCCGUCACUGUUAGCUUCUUGGAUCACAUUAUCACGCCAUUAUACAACUUUUACAGAGACCAAUCUUAUGUUCUCAUUGAUUCCAAGUACCAUAGACGGGAUAAAGAUCAUGAUUCUGUAAUAGGGUAUGAUGAUAUGAACCAACUUUUUUGGUAUAGCAAAGGGUUGGAACGUUUAGUUUUAACUGAUAAGAAGACAAAGUUAAUGAGUCUUCAACCUAGUGAGAGGUAUGAAAAGUUAAAUCAAAUAUUAUGGCACAAGGCCUUUUAUAAAACUUUCAGAGAAAGACGGAGUUGGUCCCAUGUUCUUGUUAACUUUAACAGAGUUUGGAUUAUUCAUAUUUCAGUAUUCUGGUACUAUACUUUGUUCAAUUCGCCUACACUAUAUACCAAGAACUAUCAACAAGUACUUGAUAAUCAACCCACGACCCAAGCAAGACUAAGUGUUUUGUCACUUGGUGGUUCCAUAGCAAUUCUAAUGUGCAUGGCUAGCUUACUUUUUGAAUUCUCCUUAGUUCCUCGAAAGUGGACUGGAGCGCAACCAAUAUUAAAGAGAUUACUAUUACUUUUUUUAGCAUUCAUUGUUAAUACCGGACCAACUGUAUAUCUAUUCUUGGUUUACCCUUUGGAUGUGGAGAACACUUUAGGACUAGUUUUGUCUUCAUUCCAAUUUGGGUUUUCAGUGAUCAUGGUAUUGUACUUGUCGAUUGCCCCAUUAGGAAAGAUAUUUACUUCUUCUCGGAAGCAAGAUAGAAGGUUUUUGGCAACAAAAUAUUUUGUGACAAAUUUCUAUACCCUCACAGAAAGUGACCGAAUUGCAUCUUAUGGAUUAUGGUUUGCCAUCUUCAUUUCUAAAUUCAUUGAAUCCUACUUUUUCCUUACACUUUCAAUGCGUGAUCCAGUAAGGGAAUUAAGUGUGAUGAAGAUGACUCGAUGUGCUGGUGAGGUUUGGAUUGGAAAUUGGCUUUGCCAAAGGCAAACAGUCAUUGUCUUAUGUUUGAUUUACUUGACUGAUUUAGUACUAUUUUUCUUGGAUACUUACUUGUGGUACAUUGUUUGGAAUACUAUAUUUUCCGUUUGUCGAUCAUUCUAUAUUGGCGUAUCGAUUUGGACUCCGUGGAGAAAUAUAUUUUCAAGAUUACCAAAGAGAAUAUUUUCUAAAAUCAUAUCUGUUUCCGGUGAUAGAAAUGUCAAAGCUAAAUUGUUGGUGUCUCAAGUUUGGAAUUCAAUCGUGAUUUCUAUGUAUCGAGAACAUUUAAUAUCAUUGGAACAUGUUCAGAAGUUGAUUUAUAAACAAAUAGAUACGCCUGGUGUUGAAGGGGGUUCUAUUUUGAAAGAACCGAUCUUUUUUGUAUCUCAGGAAGAUCAGUCUAUCAAAUCAUCAUUAUUUCGAGAUCAAUCGGAAGCUCAAAGACGUGUUACAUUUUUUGCACAGUCAUUGUCAACACCUAUGCCUGAGGUUGGUCCUGUUCAUUUGAUGCCCUCCUUCACAGUAUUGAUUCCACAUUAUGGAGAAAAGAUUACGCUUUCAUUGCGAGAAAUUAUUAGAGAAGAAGAACAGUAUUCACAUGUAACUAUGUUAGAAUAUUUGAAGCAACUCCAUCCAUUGGAAUGGACAUGUUUUGUGAAAGAUACGAAGAUGUUGGCAGAAGAAUUUGAAACUGAUUCGUCCUCGGCAGAAUGUAAAAAGGAAAAACUUGAUGAUCUUCCUUAUUAUUCCGUUGGAUUCAAAGUUGCAACUCCUGAAUAUAUCUUGAGAACAAGAAUUUGGGCAUCACUUAGAUCACAAACUCUUUACAGAACUAUCUCGGGAUUUAUGAAUUAUUCUCGUGCUAUUAAAUUGUUAUUUGAUGUUGAGAAUCCAGAUGGAUUUGAUAGUGAACAAGAGAAAUUGGAGCAAGCUUCUGUUAUGGCUCAUAGGAAGUUUAGGAUUAUUACCUCCAUGCAAAGAUUAAAAUACUUUUCCCCCGAGGAAAAGGAAAACACGGAAUUUUUAUUGAGAGCUUAUCCUGAAUUGCAAAUUUGUUAUCUUGAUGAAGUCGUGGAUGAUGUUACAGGGGAAAUUGUGUACUAUUCGGCAUUGGUCGAUGGAAGUUGUGCAAUUUUAGCCAAUGGGGAAAGAGAACCCAAAUAUCGAAUCAAAUUGUCAGGAAAUCCAAUUCUUGGAGAUGGGAAAUCUGAUAAUCAAAAUCAUUCAUUGAUAUUCUGCAGAGGUGAGUAUAUUCAAUUAGUCGAUGCUAACCAAGACAACUACUUGGAGGAAUGUCUUAAGAUUAGGAGUGUUUUGGCUGAAUUUGAAGAGGCAACUUUCCCACUCGAUCCAUAUGCGAAGGAUUUAAAGAAUACAGAAAUGGCAUAUCCAGUUGCGAUCAUUGGUACUAGGGAGUAUAUCUUUUCAGAAAAUAUUGGAAUCCUUGGGGAUGUUGCCGCUGGAAAAGAGCAAACAUUUGGUACGUUAUUUGCAAGAACCUUGGCACAUAUCGGAGGAAAAUUACAUUACGGCCAUCCAGAUUUCUUGAAUGGCAUAUUUAUGACUACAAGAGGAGGUGUAUCUAAGGCACAAAAGGGUCUUCAUUUGAAUGAAGAUAUCUAUGCUGGAAUGAAUGUUGUCCUUAGGGGUGGUAGGAUCAAGCAUUGUGAAUACAUGCAAUGUGGAAAGGGUAGAGAUUUGGGAUUUGGUUCAAUUUUGAAUUUCACCACUAAAAUUGGUGCGGGUAUGGGUGAACAGAUGCUUUCGAGAGAGUAUUUUUAUUUGGGAACCCAAUUGCCUUUGGAUAGGUUCUUAUCAUUUUAUUAUGCGCAUCCUGGUUUCCAUUUGAAUAAUGUUUUUAUUAUGUUUUCCAUCGAAUUGUUUCUCCUUGUAUGUGCCAAUCUCGCAGCUUUAACUAAUGAAUCUACAAUUUGUGAGUAUGAUAGAUUUAGACCUAUCACGGAUCCAAGAAGACCAGUUGAUUGCUAUAAUUUGAUACCUGUCGUACAGUGGCUACAAAGAUGUAUCUUUUCAAUUUUUAUUGUGUUUGUUAUAUCAUUUGUCCCGCUAGGAGUUCAGGAACUAACUGAACGAGGAUUCUACAAGGCUAUCACGAGACUUGGAAAACAAUUUGCUUCGUUUUCACCAUUAUUUGAAGUAUUUGUUUGUCGAAUUUAUGGGUAUUCUUUAGUCAGUGAUAUUUCCAUUGGUGGGGCAAGAUACCUUGCAACCGGAAGAGGAUUUGCAACCAUUCGAGUUCCGUUUUCUACACUUUAUUCAAGAUUUGCAGCAGAGAGUUUAUACUUUGGAGGCUUCUGUGGGUUAUUGAUAUUUUACAGUUCGAUUUCAAUGUGGAAAAUCCUGUUACUUUACUUUUGGAUCACAAUUGUAGGGUUAUUGAUUUGUCCUUUUCUCUAUAACCCCAAUCAAUUUUCCUGGAAUGAUUUUUUUUUGGAUUAUAAGGAGUACCUCAAAUGGUUGAAUCGUGGAAAUAGCAAACCGAGAAUUUCUUCGUGGAUCAAUUUUACUAGGUUGAAACGGAGUCGUCUUGUUGGUGUGAAAAGUAAGAGAUAUAGCAUUAAUGAGGAGAUUAAAGUUGUCAGUGAAGUGAAACCUUCGCGAUUCAAAUUAGUAAUUUCUGAAACAUUGCAGCAAUUUGUGGUUAUUUCAUUGGUUGGAUUUGCAUAUUUGUUUGCAAAUUCCCAAAAUGACGCUCGAGGAACAUAUCCCGUGAAUAGUAUUUUACGAAUUCUUCUUGUUUCGUUUGGUCCCAUUGUGGUUAAUGUUGCCAUUUUGAUAGUUUUCUUUGUUCUUUCUGUGAUUACCGGUCCAAUAUUCACAUUAUUUUGCAAGAAAUAUCCAUCAUUCCUUGCUUCUGGAGCCCAUGCACUUGCUGUGAUUAAUCAUGUUUUCUUUUUCGAAUUAUUGUGGUUAUUACAAAAUUGGAAUUUUUCGAGAACUUUACUAGGAUUGGCAUUAUCUAUACUUUUACAAAGUUGGUUUUUACAAACACUUACAAUUUUAUUUAUUUCUAGGGAAUUUAGACAUGAUAGGUCGAAUCGGUCAUGGUGGUCUGGCAAAUGGGCUACUGCUGGUCUUGGAUGGUACAUUAUUACUCAACCAUUACGAGAAACCAUAUGUAAAUUGACGGAAAUGACAUAUUUUGCUGGUGAUUUAGUUGCUUCUCAUGUUAUCUUAUAUGCUCAAUUUCCAAUUUUGUUUAUUCCCUAUGUUGAUAAAUGGCAUAGUUUAAUGUUAUUUUGGUUGAAACCAGGGAACCAAUUGAGACCAAGAAUUCUUUCCAAGAGGCAAAAGAGAAAGAGGAGGUUUCAAGCUAAUUUAUACCUUUUGAUUUUCUUGUUGAGUUUUGUUGCAUUUGCCAGUAUUUUCGUGGUGCCUAUUGUUGCUAACAAGUACUUUGAUAUUGAUUAUGACCUGUAUAUGCCAGGUGUGCUUCAAGAAUUGGUGCAACCUUAUGUUAUAGCUAGUAGUCGUAAAGGGUUACUCAAGAAUCUUGAAGUACAGCAUUAUUAG